AGUUCAUUCUCGUGUAUUUUCAUAUGCUGGGACAAAAGAUCGUCGUGCUAUUACAGUUCAAAAAGUCACUGCUUCUAUGAUCAAGGCUGAAAGACUUUUAGGACUAAACGCUUGUCUUUAUGAUAUGAAGUUAGGAAAUUUUGAAUACGUGAAAGAGGGAUUAAAACUUGGUGACCUAAAGGGCAAUCAUUUUGUUAUUACACUAAG